ACUUCCGGCGGCGGCGGCUUCCUAUCUGGCUCCUCCGUCCCCGGCUCGGUCCCGGCCCCGCACCCCAUCGGCGCACCGCCCGGAGGCCUCCCUUCGGUCCCCAGGACCCGGCCGAGGCCCCGGAGGCGGUCCGGCCCCGUGGACCGCGGAGCUGUGUCCUCUGAGCGGGAAAAUGUGCUGCGAGAAGUGGAGCCACGUGGCCGAGAUGUUUCUCUUCAUUGAAGACCUGGAGGAGGAUUACAAGAUCCUGUGCCUCUGCUCGCGGGCAUUUGUCGAAGAUCGAAAACUGUGCAAUUUGGGAUUAAAAGGCUACUAUGUUAAAGACAAUGGCAACGGUGCAGGAGAUCAAGCAACAGAAGAGGAGGAAAGUUGUGAUUUCCAUGAUAAUAAAGAAUCAUGUGAUAGCAAAGGCAUAGACCCAGAUGAAAGUGAACUUGAUUCUGAAACUGAACUCAUGCGAAGUAUGGGACUGCCACUUCAAUUUGGUGGGAUGUCUGCACAUAAGAAUUUUGAGGUGUCCAUGAAUACCAGAAAUAAGAUUAAAAUAAAGAAGAAAAAGAAAAAACCUCAAAAGAAGUACUUAGAUGAGAUGAUAAGAGAAUAUUUGGGACCAGAAGAUGAAGAAGAUGACGUUUUGGCCUCAGAUGAUCCAUCUUCAGUCGAACAGGAUGAGAAUACCAGAACACAUGAACUUCAACCCAAAAAAGACAUUGAAACUGAAAGCCUUUCUAUUGAAAACACAUCAUCUCCAAAGCUAGAAAUUACAGAGAAAUGGGAAAAGUACUGGAAUGAAUAUGGCGGAGGGCUACUAUGGCAAAGCUGGCAAGAAAAACAUUCAGAUCAAACACUGUGUCCCGAACCUUGGAACGUUCCUGAUACCAAGGAAGAAUGGGAACAACAUUAUAGUCAAGUUUAUUGGUAUUAUUUGGAACAAUUCAAGUAUUGGGAGGCUCAGGGUUGGACUUUUGAUGCCUCACAAAGCUGUGGUACAAGUAUGUGUGGCUUUAAUACAGAAGUUGACAACGAGAAAGAUGAAAAUUGCAUGAAAGCAGACUUACUUUCUCUUCUAUCUUCAUCAAUAGGUUGUAAAAGCUCUAAUUCAAGUGAAAAAGAUCCUAAUGAACUACUUGAUGGCGUUAGUAAUAUAAGUCUGAAUUCAGGGGAACUAGAAGAGAGGCAGUUAGAGUCAUCUGUAAGUACUCAUGGCCAUCAGUGGCCAAGUGAAGGUAACAGCAGAAGAGAAUGCCCUUCUUCAGGCCAAAGUGAACCGUGUAAUGGAGGAACCAAGGAAAGCAACUUGUCAGGCAACUGCGCGGAUCAGCCAGCUCAAGAUUUACAGAAGUCUUCAGAAGCAGACACAAUCCAAGAAAGACCACCUCCCAACAAGACUGAUGGAGAUGAGAGUGAAGAAGAUCCACCUGAACGUCAGCCAAGCAAACUCAAGAGGAGCCAUGAGCUGGACAUCGAUGAAAACCCAGAUUCAGACUGUGAUGACAAUGGUUCCCUUCUAGGAUUCAACCAUGGCUCCGGACAAAAAUAUGGUGGAAUUUCACAUUUCAGUCAUAGACGGGUCAGAUAUUUACAGAAGAAUGUGAAAUAUAAGUCAAAGUUCUUGGACAUGAGAAGACAAAUAAAUUUGAAAAAUAAACACAUUUUCUUUACUGAAGACACAGAAAAAACAUGUUUUAAGAAAAGCAAAACUUUGAGUAAGGUAGAAAAAUUUCUAAAAUGGGUUAAUGAGCCAAUGGAUGAGGAAGCAUCACAGGAGUCCGUUUCUCAUGAUGAUGUGCAGGAUGCUUGCACAAGCAGUGAUUCAGAGGAGCAGGGAGUGUCUGUUACCACGGAGGAUAAGCCCCUGGAGAUGAGCAAUCCAGAACCUGCUGAGGGUCAUGCCAUACCUUCAGCUGGUGAACUUGAGGCAGAAAACAAUGAAGGGGACAGCAACGGAGCCACUGUCACAGAUAAGGAGGAUUGUGUGGCUCAGGAUAUACCAGAUUCUCCUCAGGUGGAAACGGAAGCUGAAAUUAAAAAGAAGAAGAAAAAGAAAAACAAGAACAGGAAGGUAAUCAGUCUACCUCCUGAAAUAGCUGCUGUUCCUGAGCUAGCAAAAUACUGGGCCCAGAGGUACCGGCUCUUCUCCCGUUUUGAUGAUGGGAUUAAAUUGGACAAAGAGGGCUGGUUCUCAGUUACACCUGAGAAGAUUGCUGAACACAUUGCUGGCCGGGUCAGUCAGUCCUUCGAGUGUGACAUUGUCGUAGAUGCAUUUUGUGGAGUCGGAGGAAAUACCAUUCAAUUUGCCUUAACUGGAAAGAGAGUGAUUGCCAUUGAUAUUGAUCCUGUGAAGAUUGAUCUUGCUCGCAACAAUGCAGAAGUGUAUGGGAUAGCAGACAAAGUCGAGUUCAUCUGUGGCGACUUCCUGCUGCUGGCUCCUCAGCUAAAGGCCGACGUGGUGUUCCUCAGCCCCCCGUGGGGAGGCCCAGACUACGCGACUGCGGAGACCUUUGACAUCAGGACAAUGAUGUCUCCUGAUGGCUUUGAAAUUUUCAGACUUUCUCAGAAGAUCACUAAUAACAUUGUUUAUUUUCUUCCAAGAAAUGCUGAUAUUGACCAGGUGGCAUCCUUAGCUGGGCCUGGAGGGCAAGUGGAAAUAGAACAAAACUUUCUUAAUAAUAAACUGAAGACAAUCACUGCUUAUUUUGGAAACCUGAUUCGAAAACCAGUCCCUGAAUCAUAACUGUGAGAUGGUACAAGGACAGAAAGAUCACGGAGCAGUCAGAACAUUAUUCAGAAACAAUUGAAAUUUCUUUCUCUAUUCACUGAUCUAUUAAACCCCUAGUCUUAUAUCACCAUAUAAAAUGGAAAGUUACAGAAGAUUAGUGAAUAUUAAUGAAGUACUUAGAGAUCUUUAAGUAAUAUUAACUGUGUAUUAUACACUACAGGCCAGAUGCACGAAGAUUCGUGCAAGAACCGGCCUUCCUUCUCCUGGCUGCUGGCACCGCCUUCACUCCGGCCGGAGCCGCCUUUUUGCUCCGGUCUGGAGGGGAUGGGGCGCUGCAGAAUGCUCAAUGCUUAGCGCCUGCUCAUGCAAAUUAACCCUCCAUCUUUGUUGGUGAAUUUGCAUAGUCACUCUGGUUUAGCUGGUGGGUGUCGUCAUGAAGGUACAGUCAAUUUGCAUUUUACUCUUAAUGUAGAUUAGUAUAGUAAGUGUCUGAUAGAGAAAAGGUAGGCUUUCUCUUAUACCCAAUGUCAGCAUGUGUGUGUGUGUGUGUAUGUGUGUAUAUAUAUAUGUGCCUAUGUUUUUUUUAAUAUUUUAUAUAUUUUGGUUUAAUAUCUUUGUGUGUGUGUCCCACUACCCUUCCUUCAUCCAUCUAAAGAGAACAGUAUUUUAAAUUCCUUUGGAGGACAGAAAGGAAUUAUAAUAGACUCUGAUACACCUUUUUCCCCUAAUUGAUGCACUGCCCUUUCCCUUCCCCACCCCCUUUGCCACUUUUUUUUUUUUUUUUCUAUAUUUUUCACUAGUAUAUCCUGGAUGCCUGUAUGUCAGUACAUGCAUACUGCUCUACCUUGUUCUUUUUAUUAGCCAUCCUGUAUUUUAUCUUCUGGAUAAACUAUAAUUUUCUGUUGAUGGAAACUUGGGCUGUUUUUGAGGUUUUUUUGCAAUUAUCAACUGUUCUGUGUUGCGAUUAGUGUAUGUUUUCUUCUAUUUCCCCAGCUCUGGACAUCAUCAAACACUUUAAUUUUUGCCACCAUCUGUGUCAGAAAAAUGGUAUCUUACUGUUUGUGUUUCCAUAAUUAUGAAUGAAAUUUGAUAAUAUUUUCAUACAUUUGGUCUUUUUAAAAUAGUUUUCCCCUUUUAAACUGACUGCUCCUAUCUUUUAUUAAUUUUUUAUUUUUUGCUAUUCAUAAAGUUUUCAAUUUUAUCAGUCUUUUUUCUUUGCUGCAUUUGGGUUUAUGCCCUUCAGAAAGAUCUUAUCCACUCCCAGAAUAUAAAUACAUUUAUCGCAAUCUUUUUCCAGAACUUUCUUGUUUUCAUGGCUUUGCUCCACUUAGAAUUUGCUUUUAUUUUAUAAAGUUGAUGUCUUUAAAAUUUCUAUUACAAAAAGAAUGUGAAAUAUAUUUUGUAAUAAGCUUUAUAUUUUUUUUCUAUUAAAAUGGCAAAGAAAGGAGGAAGAAUAUGUGUUCCUUUGUUAUUCAUCUACAAAUGGUAUUCAUUAAUUUUUUCAAGUAGUUAAAGAGACAGGACUUUCUGGCUAUUGGGGAUCCAAGACCUUUAUCUUUUAAUAAGAUGAGUGUGUUAAGCAUUAAACAAAACAUGGUUUGGGCUAGCUAGGAUGGAGCUGGAGGAAUUGGAAUAAAUUGGGGGAAUUUCUAAUAAAUACUGGGG